CCGGUGAUGAUGGUGGUGGUGAUGGUGAUGGUGAUGAUGGUGGCGGUGGCGGCGGCGCUGGACAACGGGCUGGCCCGCACGCCGCCCAUGGGGUGGCUGCACUGGGAGCGCUUCCUCUGCGGCACCGACUGCGCCGGCCACCCGAGCCGCUGCGUGAGCGAGCGGCUCUUCGUGGAGAUGGCGGACAGGAUGGCGUCCGAGGGCUGGAGGGAGGCGGGCUACGAGUUCCUCUGCAUCGACGACUGCUGGAUGGCCCCCACGCGCGACGGGCAGGGCAGGCUGCGGGCCGACCCCAGGCGGUUCCCCGGGGGGAUCCGCCGGCUGGCCGACUACGUGCACUCCAAGGGCCUGAAGCUGGGCAUCUACAGCGACGUGGGGAAGAAGACGUGCGCCGGCUUCCCCGGCAGCUAUGGCCACUACGAGCUGGACGCCAGCACCUUCGCCUCGUGGGGCGUGGACCUGCUCAAGUUCGACGGCUGCAGCUCCGGCUCGCCGGAGCAGCUGGCAGAAGGUUACAGGCACAUGUCUCUGGCCCUGAACAAGACUGGAAGGAGCAUUGUGUACGCCUGCGAGUGGCCUUUCUACCUGAGGCCCAUGCAGCAGAGCCCUGAACUGCACCUGAGGGAACCAAGCAGCAAACCUCUGGCAGUGCAGACACACAGGCUCAGUGUUACUCCUCGUGGACACAGAGAGUGCUGCAGACUCAGCCUUGCAGUCACCUCUGGGGACCAGGAGAGAGGCUUUGUGACAUCCCCCACAUUGCUCAGUGACACAUUUCUGCCAGCCAGGCCCAAUUACACGGAGAUCAAACAGUACUGCAAUCACUGGAGGAACUUUAAUGAUGUCUAUGAUUCCUGGAACAGCAUCAAGAGUAUCUUGGAAUGGACAGCUCUUCACCAGGACAGCAUUGUGAAGAUAGCUGGGCCGGGGGGCUGGAAUGAUCCUGACAUGCUGGUGAUUGGAAACUUCGGGCUGAGCUGGGACCAGUCGGUGACUCAGAUGGCCAUGUGGGCCAUCAUGGCAGCUCCCCUCUUCAUGUCCAACGACCUGCGGCGCAUCAGCCCCGAGGCCAAGUGUCUGCUCCAGAACAGGGAGGUGAUCGCCAUCAACCAGGACCCGCUGGGCAGGCAGGGAUACCGGAUCCUCAAGGACAAGACCUUUGAGCUGUGGGAGAGGCCCCUGUCUGGCCGAGCCUACGCUGUGGCCGUGCUGAACCAGCAGGAGAUUGGGGGACCCCAGAACUUCACCUUCUCCCUCACCUUCCUGGGCAAUGGGCUGGCCUGCAACCCCGCCUGCUCCGUGCGCCAGGUCCUGCCAGCCAGCAGGGACUGGGGCGUUUACAGCUGGAUCUCCUCCCUGAGCGUGGAGGUGAACCCCACGGGCACCGUGCUGCUCAAAGUCCUGCCACUCUAGCAGGCACAAAGACAGCCUUCUCCUAAGCCUUAGACUCUGUCUGAACUCCUUGAGGACUCCUCCUGUGGCAGGAGUCUCCUUCCUCCAAGCAGGUGCCUUUGUUCUCAGUACUUGAACUUCCAGCCUAAGGUGGCAAAUACCCAUCACUCCAUCACCAAGAGGGAACAAAGAAAGGGAUGCUGGUCUGCUAUUUACCCUUUCUCUGGCAUCUCACCCAGCUCCUUCUCCAAGGGGCUGGAAGGGCUCUAGCAGGGCAGCAGCUCCUUCUACCAAGCAAGGAAAGGCAAGGGAUACACAUGCAGCAUCCUACAGCUCACCUUGAGCAUUUCAGGGGCAGAAGGGAACGCAUCCUGGCCACCUUGCUCUUUUUCCACACCAGGGCACACAGUCCAAGAAAAGCUGCUCCUACCCCUCUAAAGAAACCCACCACUCUGCUCAGAGCAUGGACAUUUACUUUCUGACGACUCAGGGACUGGCCUAAAUCAUUGCACUUAGCAACUUUAUUGACAGCUGCUUGCUUGGUAUAAACAGGAUUAAGUGGCAUGCUGCAGGACUAAGCUUCUGAGAGUUUCUCCUCACACCAGAAACCUUCCUCUCACCAGUGGCUGUCACUUCCCUCUCUACCCUUCAUGUGGCCACUGGAGUUCCCUUCCUCAGUGAGCUGCCUUCCAGAAACAGCUGUGUGCUUGCUUCCAGUGCUGGCAGCAGCCUUUGAAUGACACAGGUCCUUCCAGGACUGGAGAUGGAUCAUAACUUACGCAGCCAUGCAUGUACAAGUAUGUUCUCUUCUGACCACUACACAGUCAGGAUUCCUUCACCUGUUCUUUUGUGAUUAAGCACUUUGAUUAAAAGUCCCUUUAAAAGGCUAA